AUGCUUCGACUUUUUCAAUCUUUCUGCAUACUAGCACUUGGAGCAAGUCUGUCCACCGGUCAAGCGAUCACCAUCGCAGCGAUACAGUCGACAGGCUGGAAUUCCAGUUUCGAGCUCAGCCCUGAGCAGAGCAAGCCCGCCAAGCUGACAACCGACUUGAGCGCUAUUGUCAACACAAUCACCAGCUUUGACCGAACUCAGCUUGCGAAUGGAGGUGCACAUGAAGAUAACUUUUACGAUGUCCAGAGCCUGCACAAGGACGAAUGGCCGACCGAGCCUGGAAAGGUGAUCAGGCUCCAAGAGUUCACCGAUCCGUCUCCAUUCUCCAUUCCAGCAAAGACAGCCAUGUCCCGCAUUGUCUACAGCACGACCAACGCAAAUGGCACACUAAUUCCUGCCUCAGCCUACGUUCUCUGGCCGUUCCACGCGAAGCGCCUUCGAGGCCAGAAUGGCACCGCUGCCUCAUCGUCUGCGCCCGUUGUGCUAUGGACACAUGGAACGUCCGGCUGGUACGCGAACGGCGCUCCAUCAACGCACCGCGGGCUCUUCUACGCCGACAUUGUACCCUUUGCGCUGGCUGAGGCUGGAUAUGCUGUUGUUGCUCCGGACUACGCAGGGCUCGGUGUCGAUGCCUCCUGGGACGGAACCUUUAUCCCGCAUCAGUACGGUAUCCGCGAAGCCGGUGCUCACGAUGCCUUGAACGCCCUACGAGCAGCUUAUAGAUCCUUCCCCACAAUUCUGUCUCCAAAUUACGUAGUAAUGGGCCACAGUCAGGGUGGAGCGAUAGCUUGGGGUCUGUCCGAGGUUCUAGCGCGCAACGACUCCGAGUUCACUGAUGUAGCGCGAGGUCAUCUUGGAGCCGUGAUUGCUGCUCCGCCCACGGCCACGUUGUCGGUUACCGCUCCCGGCUUUCUCGCAUGGAUCGGCAAGAGCCUCGACUCCAUUUUCCCGACCUUCAACAUCAGCUACUGGUUCACGCCUCUAGGAGUCAGCAGGAUCGAGCUCCUGAACCAGAUCGAAGGAUCGCAGAUGGUGACCUUCGCCCUGCUGGGCGAUGCCGAAGCGGAGUUUGUCCAGCCUGAUUGGAAUGAGACCUGGUAUGCCGACGCUUUCUCACAACUCGCCAAUCCAGGAAGAUUGCCCUUCAGAGGCCCAAUUCUCCUCGUGCAAGGGACAGAGGACUCAACGGUGCAGUAUAAUAUCACCAAGAUCACCGUGGAGGAAACAUGCAAGCGUUAUCCUGGAGACCUAGAGCUGUUGGCCGUCGCUCAAGGCGGGCACUUCUCCGUUCUCAACGCCGCGAAGCACACCUACCUCCAGUGGAUUGAGGAUCGCUUCGAACAUCGACCAUUGGCCAACCGUGGUUGCAUCGAGACCAAGCUGGAUAGUCUUUUACCACCUGAGAACUACCAGCCGUUUCCGAACUCGUUCCCGAUGUGGGCUGGAGAGUCUCAGUGGGCUUAUGAGGUGCCGACUGCACUUUAG